AUGUCGCCCAUGAAAAACAACAAUAAUCAAUCCAGUAGUAAUCAUGGCGAGGUCGUUGUCCGUCAGGCCAACGUCCUUGCCAGCUGCUACAUUGUCGACACCGCCGGCCUCCUCAAGGGCCUCCACUACUGCACUACCGGGGCUACCGGGGCAGAGUGGAAGCGCGGCAGCGCCAGCAGCAGCAGCAGCAGCAAGAGGUCCCGACGAGGGGGGGCAGCACUUUCAAUCAGGGAAGAAUGUGAGAGAUUCUUUUGCGAGCGCAUGUCGGCCGUGUUCCAGGGUGAGCGGAACGCGGAUGCGAAAGCCUCGGGCCUGAUGGGUGUUCACGCGCUGCUACCGACGCCGCCCAACGACAAUCCGGACGCCAGCUACUUUGGCGGCAGGGACGGCUUCGCGGCCGCCAAGACGCAGCACGGCGUCCAGCGCCACGACGACGACCUUGCCGGUUCCGGCACCGUCGUCACGGCCUGGCUCGAGAUCUGGGAUUUUGCCGGCGGCGCCAGCUUCCGCGCCUUCGUGGGAGACGACGGCCUCGAGAGGUCCCUGUUCGUAUUCUUCGAUGGCAACGUUGUCGGUGUCGACUUGAAGAAAGCCCUCAUGGCGCUCAUCGAGUUGGCCGACACGCCGCUCGACUGCCAGCACCUGGUGGUCUGUCUCGACCGCCGCAUCGAAGAGCGCGAUGCAAAGAGUCUCAUGAAGAGUCUCCAGUGGGUCGGCUUUGAGCUAACAACGCUCGACAACUGGGCCAAGGACCUCGAUGUCACGAGCAAGGAAUGGCUCUUCAUGGGCAUGGAGCUGUAG